AUGGCCGCAGAAGACAUUCACGUUCCAGGUCGCCUCGGCGACAUCAUUCGCAUUCUCACCGAAGACGAUCACCUCAUGGUAGCCACCAUCGAAGCACACAAACUGAAGAAUCGUGGAGAACUUUCAGAAGGUUGGUAUGAUCCAUCAACCUUGCGAAAAGCUCAAGAAUCAGCGAAGGAAUAUGAGGAUGAAAUCGCUCGAGAAUCAAAUCCAAUCCAAUCCCACGAGCCUUCCUCGAGUUUUACAAAGCGCGAAUCCGAAUACGAUAACCCUGGCAGAGUGGAAGAUGAUGAAAAUGAUAGCGAUGAUUCCAUAGGUCCAACCUUGCCAGGAGAGAUGAACAAAGUCAAAAUGAAUAGGCCUGGACCAAGUAUACCAAACAUGGAAGAUCUGGAGCUCAAGAGAGAAAUGGCUGUUGAAGAUCGAUUAGCUCAGCGCGACGAUAUAAGGUAUGAACGAAGAAUCGACCGCAAAGAACAGAAGGAAGCACUAGACGAAUUAGUUCCUCGGGCCGAAGCUGGAACGCGGGAACGCCAAUUGGAAAAGAAGAAGGAAGUGAAUGAAAAGAUGAAGUCCUUCAGAGAGCAAUCUCCUGGUGCAGCAGAAGUUCCGGAUACUGAAUUAAUGGGCGGUGAUGAUGGGAUUGAAGGAUUCAAGAAGAAGAAAGAGGAGUUUGAGCGGAAGAAGAAUGAGAGAGAAUUGAGGAAGGAAGAAAUAAUGAGAGCGAGGCAAGCUGAAAGAGAGGAGAGAUUGCAGGAGUAUAGGCAAAAGGAGGAUGGAACUAUGGCUAUGCUCAAGGCUUUGGCGAAGCAGAAUUUUGGAUGA